AUGUCGGGCACCUCUCCACCCACACCGAGAGACCAUAUCACCAUGGUGGACCACGAUUAUAGCGACUGCAGCGAAGAUGUAUCGUUAAUCGGCGCCGAUCGGGAGCAUCGACGGUCAUCCACCCCGGACGGACUAUAUCAACACAAAAUCAACAGGCACUACAAUCCGCUCUAUAUCGCGGUAGUCGCCAGCUUGACCUUUCUGAUUACUGAUAUAGCCGGCCAAAUCAUCGUCGCACCCCGCCUGGCGAUUUUCGAACACAUCAUCUGUAAGGCGUAUUAUACCCAGGUUUCGGGCGCUGCAGGCACAGGAAUGGGAGAUUGCAAGGUUGAGCCAGUGCAGAGUGAACUGGCUCUGAUCAAUGGUUGGCGGGAGAUGUUUGAUAAUAUUCCAGGUACUUCCUAUACUCUGGCCUGGCUCAUUUGCCUCCAUAGCCAUCGCAGUUUCUAUACCCUAUGGAGUCGUCGCAGAUCGGUUUGGGCGUAA